ACAGUGCACAGGACAUUUGUUGUGUUUAUAUACUCUCUACUCUCUACAUAUUAGGAGUCAGUACUUUCCAGGGAUUGAACUCGGGUCAUCAGGUUUGCACACCAAAUACCUUUACCCACUGAGCCAUCUCACUACCCUGUAAUUACAUUCUUGAAUCUACAAUCCUGCUUUCUAUAUACUUGAAUCUACAAGCCUGCUUUUCCCUCCUCCCCGAGUCACUGACAGUAUUGAAGAGCAGAGACCACUUGCCUUAUAAAAUGCCUCACUUUCUAUGUCUGUCCGAUGUUUCUCACAUCCAAACACAGGCACAAGCAGGUGACAACACCCUACCACUGGGGGAGCAAAAACAGGAAAACAAAUUUGAGGCCAGACUGGUCUGCUUCGUAAUUUCCAGUCCAGCUACGGGCACAGAAUGAAACCCUGUCUCAAAAAACAACUUAACUCUGGCACAGUAUUUUGUGGGCCCCACUCGUGUAGGAGACCUAUCUGCAUUACAAUGCAUCACCUAGGCAGUACCAGAUGGUAGUCGUGAGAAGCUGUGGCAUUCGGUUAAGGUGGUACAAAGGGACCCAGGCUGGCCUCGAAUUCGCUGCAGCCCUCCUGCGCCGGCCUCCUGCCUAGGCUGCCAACCCUCUUUUAACACCUUUACGAAAUGAGAGGCCCCAGGCUUUCUGCUCCGAGCCUUUCCUUUACAAUAUCAGAGUAGAGAGACUCCCAGUUCCGGAUUCACCCCUGGAGAUUCCCCCUUCCCAUGCCAGUCGAUUCCCGCAGGUCGGGUCUUAGCCGGCAGGGAAAAGUCAAGGCGGGCACUGUAGGGGUAUCUGUCGGCGGGAGGAACCGAUCUGCACGCCGCUUGGCCUACCCGGACGGGGAAUCCUGCCGCACCGGGUGCUCCUGGAGAACGCUGUUUUCUUUGCGCUUCCUGAAGUCCGCACUUCUGCCAUCAGCGUCGGACCAGAGUUCCCGGUGCUCAGCUGUAGCUGUCGGCGCGCGGAUCAUUGGCGAAGCUGCAACCAUGGGGAUCUUGGAGAAAAUCUCGGAGAUCGAGAAGGAGAUCGCUCGGACGCAGAAGAACAAGGCCACUGAGUAUCACCUGGGCCUGCUAAAAGCAAAACUGGCCAAGUAUCGGGCCCAGCUCCUGGAACCAUCUAAAUCAGCCUCAUCCAAAGGAGAAGGCUUUGAUGUCAUGAAGUCAGGUGAUGCCCGUGUGGCACUAAUCGGCUUUCCCUCUGUGGGUAAGUCCACAUUCCUGAGUCUGAUGACCUCCACAGCCAGCGAAGCUGCGUCCUAUGAAUUCACCACCCUGACAUGCAUCCCUGGGGUCAUUGAAUACAAAGGGGCCAACAUCCAGCUCUUGGACCUUCCUGGAAUCAUUGAAGGAGCUGCGCAAGGGCGAGGCCGGGGUCGGCAGGUGAUCGCUGUAGCACGCACAGCCGAUGUCGUGGUCAUGAUGCUGGAUGCCACCAAGGGAGAUGUGCAGAGGUCCCUGCUGGAGAAGGAGCUGGAAUCUGUGGGUAUCCGCCUGAACAAGCACAAGCCCAACAUCUACUUCAAGCCGAAGAAAGGUGGUGGUAUCUCCUUUAACUCGACCGUCACACUGACACAGUGCUCAGAGAAGCUGGUACAGCUCAUCCUGCAUGAGUACAAGAUCUUCAAUGCGGAAGUACUCUUCCGAGAAGACUGCUCUCCAGAUGAGUUCAUCGAUGUGAUUGUGGGCAACCGGGUAUACAUGCCCUGCCUGUAUGUAUAUAACAAAAUUGACCAGAUCUCCAUGGAAGAAGUAGAUCGUCUGGCCAGAAAACCCAACAGCGUGGUUAUCAGCUGUGGCAUGAAGCUGAACCUGGACUACCUGCUGGAGAUGCUCUGGGAGUACUUGGCCCUCACCUGCAUCUACACCAAGAAGAGAGGGCAGAGGCCAGACUUCACAGAUGCCAUCAUUCUCCGGAAAGGGGCCUCUGUUGAACACGUGUGCCACCGCAUCCAUCGGUCACUGGCGAGCCAGUUCAAGUACGCCUUGGUGUGGGGCACCAGCACUAAGUACAGUCCUCAGCGAGUGGGCUUGACUCACACCAUGGAGCAUGAGGACGUCAUCCAGAUUGUGAAGAAAUAGUCAUACUGCCUGCUGGCUGAACUGGCUCCUGGGGAUUUGGACCUACUGGGACACGUAAAUAGGAAAAGUACAUAUACUCCAGGAAGGGACCCUUGAGUGUACUGUUUCCAUAACCUUCUUCAGUAAGCAGAUGGCUCAUUGUUGAGGCAGAGACCAAGCUGGGGACCAGGGUUCUGCUGAGGACAUUUCCCAUGAGCCUGUUCCUAUGACAGUGUUCCUUAUCAGGAGCCCACAGCCUAUAUCUGUAUCCUGUGCCCCAUCUGGACACUGAAGGAGCUAGUUUCCUGCCUCCUCCCAGCCAGGGCCUCCAGUUGACCCAGGCUCAAGAUGGGCCUAUCUGGAUCCCUGAGGCUGAGGUGCCUGCCAACUUUCUAGCACUCAGAGGGCCCUGGAUGAAGUCCCCACAGGUCCUUCCACACAGGGUUAGUCCUGGUGAAAACCAGGGCCCACUCAAAGUACCCUAAAGUGCCUCCCCCUUGAGCCCCUCCCAGGGCAGCUCCUGGCUGCCUGGAUGGGACCUCUGAGUUUGGCUCUGCUUCCCUUCCAAGCUCUUAUCUCUGCUCUCCUUUCUAAAAUAAAGACUGGAAAGUGAUUCCUGUCCAGACUAA